UAAUAUCUUUAAAUUAUUUUAAAAUUUUGUUUUUUAUUCUUUCUGACUCGGUUUUAAGAAAAUCGUCUUUGAAGUAACCCAAUAAUCACUAGAAAAAAUUUUUUUGAAAAUUUCUUUGCUUUUUUGUUUCCUAAAUUUUUUAAAAUAAUUUUUCUUUUAAGGAGGUUCUCUCUCUACGUGGUUAGUCAAAGCAAUGUCCAUUUAAAUUUUCAUUUGAAUCACGUAGUACAAGCGCAACGCUUGACAACGUUGGAUUUAUGCUUCCUCUUUUCCGUUUCGUGUCGUCUGCAAUUGUUUGUUUUGUAAAUACAUACGGUAAUGUGAUAUCAUGUCGGAAAAUUUAGAAAAUAGUGCUGAAAAAAGUGUAAAAAAUUAUUAUUGGAAGGGUAAAAAAGUUACCAAAAAAGUGUACGAAAAUCGUUGUCGAAUGCAAAAUGUGGGUAAAAAUCUUCGGAGUGUUUAUGGCAUUAAAAAUGUUGAACCUAACCUCAAAAAUGAUUCAAACUGUGAAUUUGUAAAGUGCGAGUCUGCUGAAGGCAGACGAAUCGUGCAUUUAAAAACGUUGGCAGAACAACUUAAUUGUAAAAAUUGUAAAUCUGUUUUAUCAUUAACAGACAUUGUAAAUGAAAAAAGAUUUGGUUUGGCAUCUGUUUUCAAUGUUAAAUGUAACACGUGCUUACUUUCCACACAAGUUUCAACGGACAAACAGCACAUUGUAUCCGGUCCAAAUAUGCAUAAACAUUUUGAUGUAAACACAAAAGUUGUUGUUGGUACACUGAAUGGAGGAAUGGGUAAUACUCACUUAAAUAAAAUUCUGUCGUCUUUAAACAUUCCAGAAUUCAGGUGGAAUAAUUUUAAAGUACACGAAAAAGAAGUAGGUAUCGAGGCUGAAAAAAUGGCACAUGCUAGUUGUUUGAAAGCAGCUAAGGAAGAAAGAAAGCUUACUAUAGAAAAGUAUGAAGAAGUGAAACGAUUGUUGCCUUCAAAUUUAAACGUCGAGUUUAUGUUUCCGGACAUUCCGAAUAUUCCGAAUUUAAUAGUAGAGAAUUUUAAAAUUUCGGCAGAAAAUAAAGUACGCAUUGCUGCAUCUUUUGAUAUGGGUUGGUUUACUAGGGGAACAGGUAGAACGUACGACAGCAUUUCGGGCACUGGGUCACUUAUAGGGUUUUUUUCUAAAAAAGUUCUUUCUUACGCAACAUUCAAUCGAAAAUGUAGGAUGUGUGAAAAUGGACAUGCGAAAGACGAUCAUGAUUGUCGAUUGAAUUUUGAGGGAAGCGCGAAGGCAAUGGAACCUCAGGCAGCUGUAGAGAUUAUUGCAAAUAAUUCAAUUUUAAAAGAAUGCAAUUUAGAGGUGGGAGUAAUGAUUGGCGACAAUGAUAGCAGUGCAAUCUGUGCAGCACGAAACGCAAGUGCUCAUGAUAUUGUAAAGCAAAGUGACAUAAAUCAUACCAGUAAAGGUUUGACUAAUGAACUUUUUAAAAUUCAAAGUCGACAUAAAGAGCUAAAUGCAACAAGUAUAAAAUAUUUACAAAAGUGUUUUAAUUACAGCAUUGCUCAGAAUAAAGGAAACUGUGACAAAUUGUCACAAGCUAUUCAGAACAUACCAUAUCAUUGUUUCAAUAUUCAUGAUAAUUGUGGAACGUGGUGCACAUUCUCAGAAAAUCCUGAAACUUAUAAGCACGCAAAUAUUGAUGACGGUUUCCAAGAUGAAAAACUUUUUGAGGAUUUAAAGUGCCUUUUUAAUAUUAUGGCCAAAAAUGCUAAUCGAUUUGCUGCCGGGGUUUCAAGUAAUCCUAAUGAAAGCUUAAAUGCCACGAUUGUUAGUAAAGCACCGAAAAGUCGGGUUUAUGGAAUGUCAACAUCAAGCGAUGUUAGAGUUGCUUGUUCAAUUAAUAAAAAAAACGAGGGUGAGAAAUAUGUUCCUGAUUUAUUAAAUAAAUUAAAUGUAUCUCCCGGACAGCACACUAAGAAAUAUACCGACAACGUAGAUGAAAAAAAUAAAAAGAGAUAUUUAAAAUCUCAAACUCGUCCGUUUAAAAAACGAAGGUUAUUUCUAAAAAAACAAAAAACUGAAUUAAGAAAUAAAAAAGAACUUUCCGAAGGAACAAAUUAUUCACCCAACAUUGGACUUCUUACCGCUUUAGACGAAACAAUUCCUCUUUUCAAUGGCAAAAACAAUUUUAAACCUAUUGUAAUAUUUUUUGACCUGGAAACAGGAAGUCUGAAAAAAGAUACUGACAUUUUGCAAAUCGCUGCAAAAUAUAAAGACUAUCAAUUUUCAGUAUAUAUUAGUCCAAGUCAAAAGAUUUCGGAAGAAGCAAGUCUUGUUAAUGGGUUGCGAUACAUUAACGGUCAAUUGCUUCUCCACGGAAAACCAGUGGAAUCGGUUUCAUUAAUGGAAGCAAUACUUGCAUUUUACGAGUUUCUCUACUUUUUUGGAAAAAAAUGCAUACUUGCAGCUCACAAUUGCAAAUUUGACUACCCGCGUUUAAUGUUGGCGAUUGCGAAGGUUUUUAUGUCAAAACAUUUUGGAUCAAUAGUUGCAGGAUUUUCUGAUUCAUUGCCCUUAAUCGCGAGGUCUACGGGUAAAAAGGGGAAAGGGCAAAAUAAAUUGGAGAAUCUCGCAAAAGAUUUUGACAUAAAUACAGACGAGGCUCAUAAUGCAAUAUGUGAUGUCCAAAUGCUAGAACAAGUUUUAAUAAAAUUAAAAAUUUCUGACAAACAGAUCGUCGAAGCCAGUGUAACUUGGGAUGCAAUUGAAAAAAAAACAACAACUGGAAAGAAAUCAGUAAUUGGAAACAGAGCAGCAAUUAGAAAAAAAGCAAAAGUGUCAAAAGGUUCAACGUUUCUAAACCAGCUAGAUCUCUUGAAUGAAUGUACUACAUAUGCUACGAGGAAGAAGAUAGCAGCUGCAAAUAUCACGUACGAAAAUAUUGUUGAUGCUUAUAAAGAAAAUAAAUUUAUGGGUCUGCUAGACAUUUUAGGCGUCGAUGAAAAUGGAAACGUGAAAGUCACCAAACAGCGAAGAGUGAUCAAUAAAAUUGUUGAGUUUUUAGAAAAAAACUCCAAAUAAUCAUGCCAAAUUAUGUAACUUAAUCAAAGCGAAAUAUUUAAGUGCAUAUUAUUUUUACUAUUUAUUAUUUUUAUUAUUUAUACUGUCAAAGAAUAGAUAAUGUAUUAUAUUUAUUUAUUAUUUACAAUGUGUUGCUAAGAAAAACAAAAAAAUACCUACAUAUUGUAUUUAAUUGUUAAAGCAUAAGAAAACAACGAAUUUCGAGUUCUUCUUAACAUGUUAUAAGUCUGUUGUUAAAGUUACCAGCAGCAAAAAAUUACUCACUACGAAUUGUUGACUUCGUAAAAAAAUUUCUUACCAAAUUUUAGUUGUAAAUUAUCUAAUACAAAAUAUUGA